AUGAUCAUCCCAACACCAAAAGAUAACACUAUAAUUAAUUAGAUAUAUAAAAACUCUGAAUUGUUUAUAACUUCCUUGUCUAAUUCGAAAAAAUCUGAACCAAGCUAUUUAGGGAAAAUAUAUAGCAAAAUCAUGUAUAUGAAUAAGACCACCAUCAACGAAAAAAGAGGAAUAUUUUAGUAGAUUUUUUAUUUACUAGGGUAUGAAGCAUAUAAAGAAAAUAGGAUAAAGAUAAAGAUCAAGCAAGUUGACAUAAAUAAUACUGUAAUAGCCUAUCCCUUGAAAACAAAUUAAUUAUCUACAACAGUAUGA